GGGAUGAUAGCCGUUGUUGAUGACCGCCAUUAGUGUAAGCAUCUUUUAAAGUGAUCACUUUGAGUUGUUACAUUCCUAGCCGGCAUUAUCGUUGUCACGUGUGGUGUGAAUUUUAUCGUUAAACAUCCAAUAAAUAGAAAUGGCUGAUGAAUAUUUUUACGCUUUAACUUUACAAGGAGCAAAAGCUUCAGAAUCAUGGGAUCCAGAGACCAAGGCCACUGAUGAUUAUCAAGGUGGACAUAAAUUAGUAAUCAGACAAGCUGUAUUAGGACCAGAAGCGAAAGAAGGCGAAUUAAAUGUUAUUCAAGUAGAAGCAAUGACAUGGAAGGAUACAAUCAAAAUUCCAGUAGCAACACUAAAAGCCGGUGCCGGUGGUCAAAGUCAAUGUUUAUUGGAAUUAACAUUCCCAGAUCCACCAGUCACGUUCAGUUUAUCACAAGGUACCGGACCAGUACAUAUAAUUGGACAUCAUUUAAUUGGUAGUCCGAUUGAAGAAUUUGACGAAAUUGAUGAAAUGGAAGAAGAAAUGUUAGACGAAGAAGAAGGUGAAGAUGUGGGUCAAGCUGGAGCCAACAAAAAGCGCAAAAUCAACUCAAAAGGACAAGAUGAGGAAGACGAAGAUGAUGAUGAAGAAGGUCCCAAGAAAAAAGCAAAAGUGCAAAACAAUGCCAAGGGAAAAUCUCCAGCUGGGAAAAAUAAAAAGAAAUGAAUUAGUUGAAACAAAUUAAAAACACACACAUAACAUCAAAAAAAAAAUCAACAAAAUAACAACUCUCAUCCACAUUUUAUUUUUAUUUUUGUAUGACAGAUUUUAAGUUUGCGCUGUAGAUCGGUUUGGAUCGGCUGCGUGCGUGCGUGCAUGCUUUCUUUGCCCGUCGCGUACAUCAUCCAUCUCAUCGGUUGUCAUUCUCAUUAAAAAAAAAACAAUUUAUUAAUAUUAAUCUAAUUAAUUUAGUAACAGUGUCCUCCCCUCGGCCCUCAAAUAAAUUGAGUCGCGUCAUGUGAUUAUUGAUUGAUUGAAGAAUCAGUUAUCUUGUAUUUAUAUGAAGUAAUUUUAAAACAGUAGUUAGUAAUUAUUAUUAAGUAAGUUUUUGUCCCCUUACCUUUAUUAUUUAGGUCCUAAAAUAUAUAUCGGAGUGUUCAUCCUAAAAUGGCUAUACAAGUAUAGUUUUCCAAUAAAAUCUUAAGAUUGUUCAUUUUAUCUGCACUAGAACGGAUUCACGUUUCUGGGAGCUUCAAAGAGCAAACUUUUUGGCUAAGAUAUUCAAGUGUGCUAGUUGUGCAGCUAAAAAUAACAAUUUGUGCCAUUUUGAAUGGUACUUUUAACCCUUUAAGCUCUUUAAGAGUUCUAAUUUUAGUUGAAAAGCUUUAUUUUCCCCAGAAAUAAUUUUGGCUACCCACCAAACAAUUUUAGAUUGAACAACCCUCGGUAUAUAUUUAGUAUAUUCAUCUAAGGUAACUGAUUUUUUUUUCUUUUUUUAUGUCUGAUGGUAAAAAUGUUUUCAAACAUUUGUUUCAUUUAUAUUAGUAGCGGAAAAAAAAGAAAAAAAAAACUUAAGUCUUAAGUUUUUCUUAGUGUGAAAGCUAAUUUAAAAAAAAAAAUUUUGUACGCGCAUUAAUUAGUUUUUCACAUACCAAUUUAUUAUUAAAAAAAAAAACACAACGGAUUAAAAAUUUGUCUCGAAAAACAAACUUGGAAAAAAAAAACAAUCAAAUAAUUUAAUCGUUUUUUGGAUAAUUUAUUCAUCUCACUGUGUUCUUUCGUUUUUGUGUACAUACAUAUGAUAUUUCAUUAAAAACCAUCUUUUCUAGAACAA